UGGGAACAGUGUUUAUGUUACAACAGUGACGUGUAACUUGUUUAUUUUUGAAAAUCCUUGUCGGCACUAGUGUUUUGUUUUAUUUAUUAUUUUCGAAAACAAAAACUAAUUUAAAACGGACAUAGAACCUCCUGAUUAACAUGGCUCAAAAUCAGAAAUUGAAUUUAAAAGAUAAAGUUGAUGAUGGAGAAAUGGAUUUGAGUAUGUGUGAUAUCCAAGAUGUGCCAGUUAGGGAAAUCUCGACAUAUAGGAAAGUCCACAGUUUAGAUUUAUCUAAUAACCAUAUCAUUCAGCUGCCUAGAAAUUUUUCAGUUCUAAAGAAUAUAAUAAAAUUAGAUUUAAGCAAGAAUAAAUUGAAAGCAUUGCCAGAUAAUUUCGGAGAAUUGACAAAGCUCAAGCAUUUAGAUUUGUAUAUGAAUAAAUUGGAGCAUUUGCCAUUGAGCUUUGGGAAUUUGAAGAAUCUGAAAUGGUUGGAUUUAAAGGAUAACCCUUUGGUGCCCGCAAUUAAGGAAGUAUCUGGGCUGUGCUUAGAUAGUAAGCAAUGUCAGACAUGUGCAACAAACAUCAUCUACUUUUAUCAAAAGUUGAAAGACAAGGUGGACGAAGAAAAUGCUAUUAGGGAAAAACAAAGGCAGAAGGAGAAGGAAGCUAAGGAAGCAACAGCUCAAAAAUUGAAAGCCCAAGAAAAGAAAAGUAAGAAGAAGGACAAAGUAAAAGUUGUUGAAUCUAAACCAGCAAUUGUGAAGGAGCCUAAUACUAUUCAAAAGACUGAGUUUAAGACAGUAGCUCAAGUACCAGAAUCUUCUAAAGGAUUUUAUUCUUACUUGCCUCUUUUUAUGAUGAUCUUUCUAUUUGUUUCACUUUUUGUACUAACUUCACUCAAGCUUAAAGAGACUUUGUUUGUUGAAGAACAAGCAAUUAGAAUUUGGAAUAUGUGCCUUUCGAAAGCACCAGCUGCUGUUCAGAGUUAUGGAUCCAAAAGUGCAAACCUAAUUGGCAAGGUGCACAAAUCAUUGGGUACAACUCUUUUGGAUCUUCAACAUAAUGAAAGUGUCUUAUAUUUCUUAGAUAAAAUCAAGAGCUACUACAAUUCUUUAGUUACAAGUAAAACCAAUUAAACUUUUGUCCAUAUGAACUUAUAUUUUAUAUAUAACUUGUAUAUAUGUGUCAAAAUUUAUUUUAA